UUCGGCCGGCUGCCCUGCCCGCCCCUCGCUCCGCUCAGCCAGCAAGCAGUCUCUAAGCAGCCGCCCUCCCGACGUGUCGCGUCCCUGUGAACGCCAGAGGGUCGCUCGCGUCGUGUCGCACGUCGAUCGCGAAUCUCUAUCGCGUCGUAUAUAUCCGCUUGUGAAAGUUGACGCGUCUGUGUGAGUGAGUAGUGCGUGUGUGUUAGUGUGGUGGACCUAUGGAAUACCCUUCGCCCCAGCCCCAGCCUCAGCACCAGCAAAGGAUCGACUCCCCGAUGUGGAUUGGACCGCUGCGCGGCGACUGGCUUCGACCGCGGUCCUGAAUUGAUAUCGCCGAGGUCGUGACGACGCCAUGCGGCCCUCCACCAGGACCUCCGCCAGGACCCCGACGAGGGGCGCCCUGCCGCUGGCGGCGGCACUGCUGCUCCUCUUGGUGGCGCCCAGCUUGGCCUGCCCCGAGAGCUGCGCGUGCGACCUGGACCGCAAGGGCCGGCACCGCGUCCUCUGCAACACCGGCGACGGCAAGGACCCCAUGCCGCUGCCCGGCCCCGGCGACCGCGCCGAGGUGUUCGAGGUGGGCCCGCCCCCCGACAGGCCCAACUACUUCACCAUCGGGCCCAUCUUCGGCCGCCACCACCGACAGCUGGAGGAGCUCCACAUCGUGCAUUCGAACCUGCCGGCCAUCGGCCUGCACUCGUUCCACAACCUGCCCAACCUGCAGGUGCUCAACCUCACGCACAACAACAUGUCGGCCGUGGUGGAGCACAACUUCAGCGGGCUGAAGGCGCUGCGCGACCUCUUCCUCAGCGACAACCGCAUCGAGAGCGUGCCCAGCAGCGCGUUCCACCACCUCGAGGACGUGCGGAGGAUCAGUCUGGCGAGGAACCGCAUGCGCGAGCUGUCGUCCAGGAUCUUCUUCAAGCUGGCGCACCUGCAGGACCUCGACCUCAGCUAUAAUCCGCUCCACGAGCUCAACACGGACGUGUUCCGCGACGUGCCGGAGCUACGCGUGCUGCGGUGUCGGGGCUGCGGCGUGUCCGCGGUGAACAAGACCCUGUUCGAGGUGCUGCCCGACCUGGAGGUGCUGGACCUGGGCGACAACAAGCUGACCGCGUUCACGGCCGAGUACCUGGCGCCGCUGAAGCAGCUGCAGGAGCUGUGGCUGGACGGCAACCAGCUCGCCGUGCUGCCGUCCGGGGUGUUCCGCCACAACGGCCAGCUGCAGACGCUCGACGUGUCCCGGAACCAGAUCUCCAAGGUGGAGGACGAGGCGUUCCUAGACCUGGUCGCGCUGCGCACCCUGGACUUGGGCUACAACCGGCUGGAGAGGCUGCACGCCUCCGUGGUGGCGCCGCGCGGCGAGUCGCUGCGCGCCCUGGUGCUCGCCGGCAACGUCAUGACCACCGAGGAGCUGGCCAGGCUGCUCCGCGGCGUGCCGCACCUGACGCGCCUCAGCCUGGCGGACAUGCGGCUGCGCUCCGUGCCCAUGGGGCUGCUGGCGCCGCUCCGCGAGCUGCGCCUCCUCAACGUGUCCGGCAACAUGCUGACGGCGCUGCACCCCUCGGCGCUGCACUCGCUGCUCAAGCUGGACACGGUGGACGCCUCCAGGAACCACCUCGUGGGGCUGGACGAGCAGAGCCUGCUGCGCCUGGACGCCGUGGAGCUGGUGCUGCUGGACGGCAACCACUGGUCCUGCGACACGUGCCACUUGCCGCCGCUGCUGAGCCGCGUGGCGCGCAGUGCGCCCACGUCGCCGCUGCGCCGCCUGCGGUGCGACGCGCCGCGCUCGCUGGCCGGCAAGCCGCUGGCCAACCUGGAGCUGGAGAGCCUCAAGUGGUGCUCGGGCGGCAUGGGCGUGGGGCCCGACUCGCCGCGGUCCCUGCUGUCCGCCGACUCGCAGCUGGGCGUCAUCGCGGCCGCCGCCGCCGUCGCGCUGCUCAUCCUGGCCGGCGCCGCCCUGCUCGCCGUCGUCGCCUACUCCAAGCACCACGCCGACUACUACUACACGCACGAGGAUAAGCUGGGCCCGGAGCGGGAGGCCAUUUUCGAGAACAUGGGCGCCGUCAUCGACGACCGAGCGAGCAGCAAGAAGGCGCCGAAGCGGGUCACCAUCGCCACCAUCGACGAGCUGACCAAGGACCCCGAGCUGCACGGCCUGACCAACGGCGCCUAAACCGCCAAACCGCGAGGCCGCGACGCCGCGGUACGCCCCGCCACUGUCGCGCCCCGACGCCAGCGGCAGGGCGCACCGGACGGCGCGGACGUUGGCCUGACAUUCAGGAAGGCUGUGACCGGAGCCGAAGGGCAGACGGACCCAGACGGACCCGGACGGACCCGGAGAGCGAACCCCGGUGAAAGGUUAGCUCCCCGAAGACAAGAAGUCCGGGCCGUCCGGGCGGGCCUGACCUUACGGCAGGGCAGCACUGUGCCAUGAGUUACCACGUGAGAGGUGUAGGUAGAGCGGAUGUAAGACUAAGUUAUUCUCGACGUUUCUUGCGCGCUGGUUUUGUGUUAUUGUUUUGUUUCUCGUCCCACCCCUUGUGGGGUCAAGAGAGUGAAAUUUUAUUUAUUGCUGGCAUAAAUGUUUAUAGAUUUAGAAAAAUAUUAUUUCAUGUUCUUUUUUUUUGUGGCCAUUUUUUUUUUCUUUUGUAAAAUUUGUACGUGUUUGUAUAAAUGUGCUUCGUAUUGGAGCAGUAGGUUAAGAGUGUAGAUUUUUUAAUGAAAAGAAUUCGUUUUGUCGUUGUACAUAAGUUCCUAAAAUGUUUAAUACCCGUACAUUUUGCAGUGCGGAGCUACGCGGGAUUUUACAAUUUUUGCAAUGGUGCUAAAAUCAUUUAUUAUAAGACUUCAUGGCCGGAGCAGUUUGUAUUUCCUGGUAAUUUAUUUACUACCUUUUAAUGUGAUGCAGGCGAUGUAGGAAUCAAAUGAAUGUUUAAAAUCAUGUGCAGUCAGUUGACUUGUCAACAUAUCUAUCUCGUCCCCUCGAGCAUUCAGAAAGAAAUUUCUGUAUCAAGUGUUUUGUAUGUUCUGUAAUUUUGUUAUUUAUAGCAAAGCUAUAUGUUGUACAUAGCUUUUUUUGUACAAGACUCUCAUCUCAGUUCUAAAGGACUUUUAGUUUACUUUUAAUUGUAUUUUAUGCCUGAAUGCGUACAGUGAAUGUGACCAAAGAAUAUAAGUGGUUUCUGAUUGAAUGAUUGUGGGUCAUGUGUCAAGAGACCAGCUGAUAACUGAGGAACUGUCGGUUUGUUUGUUCAAACAAACUUGAAAUAACCAAAAACUUCAGCAUGAUCCUGAGUUUUGCUUUAUUUUAUGUUCAUUCCUUCGGGGACCAAAUUAUUGUACAUAAUCAGUGUUGUAGGAAAUCAUACACAAAUCUCAUAGUAGAUUAAUCAUUGCUGUCAUGUGCUCUAUUCAUACUGUUAAGUUAUUGUCAACUUAUAAAACUCAGCAAAAGAUUAAACUUUUAUCUCCUAGCGUU